GACACAUGCACCCACAGGAUAGAUACAAAAUAUUUUGUUUUGACAGUGCAAAACCUAAAAUGUGGGGCUUUUCUUGUUAAUUAUUAUGAAUCUCUGAAAAAAUAAAAAAUGUAUAUCGAUUGAGUGUCCAGUGAAAAUGUGAAGUGACAAAAUAUGACUGACAAUACUAUUAAAAAUAGAUAACACUACUAAUAUUAUAGCAUAUCCAAACCUAAAUAUUUCAAACUCGUUACGUGUGUAAUAAUAAAUUACAAAAUGACAAUUACUGGAGAAACGAGGUCAUUUUGGACGUGCGUCCUCCUCGUUUCUGUCGUAAAGCUGCUCAUGUUGAAGUCCUAUCGUUCAACCGACUUCGAAGUCCACAGGAACUGGUUGGCAAUUACUCACAGUCUUCCACUUGAAAAGUGGUAUUACGAAAGCACGUCAGAAUGGACAUUAGACUACCCGCCACUAUUUGCAUACUUUGAAUGGAUUUUAUCCUAUGGAGCGUUGGUAUUUGACCCCAAAAUGCUGGAUGUCCAAAAUCUCAAUUACGCCUCCCCGAUGACCAUACUGUAUCAGAAGCUCACGGUCAUUGUCACAGACGUUAUUUUGGCUUACGGAGUACUUGAAUGCUCCAAAGUAAUGUCUCUGAUAAUUCCAAAGACAGGAACAAACCCCAAAUCAAAUUAUGCAACAGAAUUAUUUGGUUUGAUUUUUAUCAACGGUGGACUUUUCAUGGUGGAUCACAUACAUUUUCAGUAUAACGGAUUCUUGUUUGGUAUACUAAUGCUCUCAAUUGCUAGAAUUAGCAAGGGAAAAUGCUUCCAAGGCGCAUUUUUAUUUGCAAGCUUACUAAGUUUGAAACAUAUAUUUUUAUACAUUGCUCCUGCCAUUGGCAUCUACUUGCUGAGAACAUGUUGCAUCACAACGGAUCGUCGUGGGGUUCCGAGGGCAAUUAAUCGGUCCUCUGUUCGCCUUUGGGGGAUUGUUGGGAGCGUGGCUGCAGUUGCUUUUGGACCAUUUUAUAAGCACAUUCCCCAAAUUUUGCAACGGUUGUUUCCGUUUAAACGUGGACUUUCUCAUGCCUACUGGGCACCUAAUAUCUGGGCUGGCUAUAACUCUCUGGAUCUCAUACUUGGAUAUGGCUUGAGACUUGGAAAAAGUGGAGCAACUUCUGGAUUAGUUGGUGAAAGCAGUUUGGCUGUGUUGCCUCAAGUCCAGCCCAUCCACUCAUUCCUCAUCACUGCAGUCGCAAUGCUGCCAAUUCUGUGGACACUGUGGAGGAACCCGUCGCCAACGUCGUUUAUCUAUGCUGUGACUUUGACAGCCUGGACAUCCUUCAUGUUUGGGUACCAUGUUCAUGAAAAAGCAAUUUUGAACGUGAUUAUUCCCUUUUCCCUGAUUGCCCUCCUUAAUCAAAACUUGUUUUUUCUGACACUUGUGGCAGGCACAGUGUCCUUAUUUCCACUAUUGUUCACCCCAUUUGAAAUAGUUUUAAAAGCCGUACUCACAGUGUUCCAUGCUAGUGUAGCCAGUCAAAUAGUUAAACCAAAGCUAAACUGGUAUCAAACUCUGUACAUUCUGGGAUUUCUACCAGUUUACAUUUUUGAGAACCUAGGUGACGCUUUAAUCCCUAAAUUACCAUUUCUACCACUGCUCUUGGUUUCCGAUUACACAUUCUUGGGUAUAGGAAUUUGUUAUCUUAGUUUGUACUGGAAAUUUGUGACUAAUCAAGAACAGACUGUUACUACGAAAAAAAGUCUAACGCCCAGAGAAAAGUCCACCCCACAAAUCCAACCGGAUAACGUGCGCGUCUUAAGACAACGGAGUACAAAAAAUCUACAAUAUACUAAUAAGUAAUAUAAUAUGUUUUUGGAAUAAUGUCUUGUCUUAUUUUAUUAGAAACUUUUGAGGUAGAUUUUUUUAGUAUAAAUAAAUUCUCAGUCAGUCAGUUCAUUGUAAAGAAUACGUACAUGGUUCACUUUUUCUCAACUACAUUUGUCCUAUGCUCAUCGAUAUUCCCGAUUUAGCUCAAACAUCGUACACUGAACAAAUACAUUGACCAAAUAUGUACACUUUCUGCAACUGGUUUUGGAAAAUAAUUUUUUAUAGAACUGUGGGCGAGUUUCGGAAUUUCUGAGAAAAUAGUUUUGGCAUUAUACUAUGCUCCCAAAAACUAAUUGCAUUUGUCAAAUGUUUUUCAUAUACAAAUAAUCGAUUCGUG